ACGUAAUAUUCAAAGACCCUCAACAAAAUAGGUCAUAUUCCAGUUCAAAGUCAUUUGUCUAAACCCCUAAACCCCAAAAUCUGAAACCCUAACAGCCAUGGCAGCACUUCGCAGCAAGCUCCGAUUUAUCACCUCUCAGCAUCACCACCACCUCCGCCGUUACUCCGCCGCCUCUAUCCUUAAUCCCGAUUCUAAAUCUCCACUCUCAGGCAAAGACAAGUCACGCGCCGCCCUAACUCUCCUCAAAUCCGAAACCGACCCACAGCGGAUCCUCGACAUCUGCCGUGCAGCUGCCUUAACCCCUGAAUCCCAUCUCGAUCGCAUUGCAUAUUCCAAAGCCAUUUCCAAGCUCAAAGAUCUCAAUCAUUUCUCCGGUAUCCGUUCAUUUCUCCAGGAAUCAACGACCCGGCCUGAUUUGAAAUCCGAGCGGUUCAUUUCCCAUUUCAUUGUUCUUUACGGUCAGGCCGGACUGCUUGAUGAGGCUAAGAGGACUUUUGAGGAGAUGGAGAAAAUGGGCAUUCAACGUACUGAGAGAACUCUGAAUGCGUUGUUGUUUGCUUGUGUUUUAGCUAAGAAUUAUGCUGAAAUGAAAAGGGUAUUCGUCGAAUACCCAAAAAAGUAUGGGUUUGUUCCUAACUUAGAUACCUACAAUGUGGUGAUCAAAGGGUUCUGUGAAUCAGGUUCUGCUAGUUCAGUUUAUUCGAUAUUGGAUGAAAUGAAAAGAAACAAUGUUAAGCCGAAUGCAGAGUCUUUUGGGAAUUGUAUAUCCGGGUUUUAUAAGGAGGAGAAGUAUGAAGAUGUUGGGAAAAUGUUGGAAAUGAUGAAGGGAUAUAAGAUGGUUACGGGGAUUAGUACGUAUAAUGUAAGGAUUCAGAGCUUAUGUAAGCUUAAGAAGUCCGCGGAGGCUAAGGCGUUACUUGAUGGGAUUUUAUCGAGAGGCUUGAAGGCGAAUUGUGUAACUUAUGGCCAUCUUAUACUUGGUUUUUGCAAGGAAGGUAAAUUGGAAGAGGCGAAGAGUAUGUUCCAGAAGAUGGUUCAUAGUGGUUUGAAACCGGAUGCUGAAUGCUAUUUUACGUUAGUGUAUUAUUUGUGUCAAGGUGGGGAUUUUGAAGCUGCAUUGGAGAUGUAUAAAAAAUGUUUGGCUGAUGGAUGGGUUCCGAAUUUCUCCUCCAUGAAGUCUCUUGUUGAGGGAUUGGCUAGCAUUUCAAAGGUUGAUGAAGCACGGGAAGUCAUAGCUCAAGUGAAGGAGAAGAUAUCAAGAAACGUCGAGAAGUGGAAUGACAUUGAAGAGGCAUUGCCCAAGUAGGAAGAGAAAAUAAACAUGGUAUACUAGAGUUUUCUGGUUGCAGCAAUGCCCAUGAUCGUAAUAAAGUGAAAAAUUCAACUUGGUUAUGUGUUUCAUCAGUGCUAAAGAUUUCAUUUUAUUGCAUCUUAGUUCUCAUUUGGAAUUAGCAUUCAAGAGUCUUUAUUCAUAUGUGCUUUGCUUCCAACCAAGUAACAUGUCAUUUGGCUUGAAGUUUUUGGCGAACAAGGUGUUUUAUCGCCUAUCCAGUAGCAUGUGAUAUUAACAUUAACUGCUGUAUUCACAUUUGUUUUUAGGUAAUGAAUUUUGAGGGCUUUUAUACUGUU